GUAUGUACGUACAGUGGCAAUCUUGUGGUAAUAAACUGGUUAUCAUGAGCAAAGCUACGUCACGGUGUCGGUCAUUUCCAGCUGAUGGGUUGUUGAUUUCAGUUUUUAUUGUUUCAUUUUGAUGGAUUAAAGUCAAGCAGCUGUCAUCGAAUUACGUAUCAUGUCGCGGACGGACCUGAGAAAUUGGCCUGUUUUCAGCCUUCUUGAACCAGAAUUCGUUACCAAAAUAUAUCUGGUCGUUGUCUACGGAAAUCUGGGCAAUGAGGCAUUGAUUGUCACAAAAGACGAUGUGGUGUAUGCCUUAGGCAGCAACACGACAGGCUGUCUGGGAACAGGUGAUUCGCACAGUACAUUGCAACCAAAGAAAGUUGAGGCGUUAUGCGAAAAGGGCGUGAAAACUUUUGCCUAUGGUAGCGGGCCACACGUUCUUGCUCUUACGCACACCGGAGAGGUAUUUUCUUGGGGCCACAACGGCUACUUUGAACUUGGCAACGGCUCGUCUAAUCAAGGCCUAACUCCAACGAUUGUGGGGCUUCAGCUAGGAGGCAAAAUAAUUGUCGACAUUGCCUGCGGUAGUCACCAUUCAAUGGCACUAACGGAUGACGGCGAGGUAUAUGCAUGGGGUCAAAAUAACUGUGGGCAGGUUGGUAGUGGAAUCAGUUCCCACCAAGGUGUGCCGCGCAAAGUGAAUUCUGCACUAACAGGGAAAAAGGUUGUAUCCAUAUUCUGCGGGCAGACUUCGAGUGUAGCGGUUACCGAAAGUGGAGAUGUUUAUGGCUGGGGGUAUAACGGAGUCGGACAAUUAGGCAUAGGCAGCUACGUCAAUCAACCAAAUCCGACCAAAGUGUCCGCCUUGUCUGGUGUUGUAAUCGAGAAGGUUGCUUGCGGCUACGCCCACACUUUGGCACUCAGUGACGAAGGAACUUUAUAUGUAUGGGGGGGCAAUAGUUACGGCCAAUUGGGUCUUGGCAACAAGGCGAACGCGUCGAGUCCUGUAAAGGUGGUCAUGCCCGAGAUGGGAAGGGUAUCGGACAUAGCUGCUGUCCACUACAACCACAUAAGCGUAGCCGUUGGGCAAGGAGGUCGAGUCUUUAUGUGGGGUCAGUGUAGAGGUCAGAGCGUAACAACGCCAACCGCUACUCGUCUUCUUCAUCCUCACGAUGCUCUUGCUUUUUAUGCAACUCCCAGUGUGAUGCACCGUCCUCUUUUGUUACAUGCCGAAGAGGAAACUGGCAUCUUAGACUCCCUGAGACAGGCAUUCGACGACGCGACGACAAGUGACAUUGUUAUACAAGUCCAAGGAAAGCCGAUACACGUUCAUAAAUCAGUGUUGAAAAUCCGAUGUCUCCAUUUUAGAUCGAUGUUUCAGGAACACUGGGCCGAAGACAGUCAAAAUAUCUUGCAGCUGGAUCAGUUUUCUCAUGCCGUAUACAAAUCGUUUUUGAGAUAUCUCUACACGGAUGAAGUUGACCUUCCUGCGGAGAACGCAUUGGAACUCUUGGAUCUUGCCGACGCUUACUGCGAGACCCAAUUAAAGAGACGUUGUGUGCAGCUUAUAAAAAGAGGAAUAACCGUUGAAAAUGCUGCAUUUCUUUAUAGUACCGCUAUCGAGUACAAUGCCCAGGUAAGAGGAGUUGGAAGAAUUUUGUUUCAAGUUUGCACUGAAUCAUAUGACGGCUGUCAUACAAACUCUGAAUUUUUCUAAUCUCGAUGAAGCUACACUUAAGACUUUCAUUUUGAAGGCUGCGCAAGCUGGUGCCUUCAAAACGUAAUAGUCAAGAAACAAAUCCCGAUUCCAAACGUAAUGUCUGAUUUUUCUAUCGAGUUGAUGUACUUAUUUAUUUACAUUCCGCAUGCUUGGGUGUCGUAAUUAAAAUCUUUGGAAAACGACUACUCGAGUUCUAAGACUGUAGGGAUCUCAAUGUCAAAGUGAACUUUACAUUUUCUAUUCCAUUGAAUAAAUCGAUAUGAAUUAUCGAAAAAA